UAUUAAUGAAAUAACUUUUCUUAAAGAAGGUUCAUGAGUAUAUUUUAAAUCCGCAUUAAGUUAAGUUUAGGUGACUACAGUUUAGGUAGAGAUCGCUGAUGUUAUGAAUGCGUCAGAGACUACUAUACUAUAGCGCGCGAAAAUUGAGUAGCUGGUAGAGUGUAUGCUCGAGUCAUUUACUUUUAGAGUUUUAGGUUAGAGUCGUGGCUACUAGUGAUUGAACUGUUUAUCCAGUUAUGAUGAAUGAAGAAGAGUUUCAGGAAAUAACGUGUGCUGAAGAUUUUGGGCAAUCAUUUUUGAACUCUGACAACAGCGAGAAUUUGACCUUGUGUUCAAAUGUUCCUGCUUUGUGCACAGAAGAACCAUGUAUUCUCGGCGUUGAUGAAGCUGGCAGAGGACCUGUUCUUGGUCCCAUGGUAUAUGGUGUCAGCUAUUGCCCAAAGAGCAAACAAGACGUUUUGAAUGAUCUAGGAUGUGCUGACUCCAAAAGUCUUACAGAAGAAAAAAGAGAAGAUAUUUUUAAAAAAAUUUGCAGUGAACGGGAUACAAUUGGCUGGAUCGUUGAAGCUAUAUCACCAAAAACUAUCUGCAAUAAUAUGCUUAAGAGGCAAAAGUAUUCUUUAAAUCAGAUUGCUCAAGAUUCAACAGUGCAUCUCAUAAACAGUGCAUGUUCAAAAGGUGUUAGAAUUGCAGAAGUGUAUGUUGACACAGUUGGAAUGCCAGAAAAGUACCAGGCAAAGCUUUCUGCUAUAUUUCCUGAACUUAAGAUCACUGUGGCAAAGAAGGCUGACGCUACAUAUCCUAUUGUUAGUGCCGCUAGCAUAUGUGCUAAAGUUUCUAGAGACCGGGCACUUUCAGUAUGGAAGUUCACAGAAGGGUUGGAACUAACAGCUAAAGAAUUUGGAAGUGGAUACCCCAAUGACCCAGUAACUAAAAAGUUUUUAAUAGAGAACAUUGACCCGGUAUUUGGAUUUCCACAACUUGUUAGAUUUAGCUGGUCGACUGCAGAUAAAAUAUUGCAAGAAAAUGCUGUGCAAGUUGAGUGCUGUCUUUUUGAGGGAGUGUUGGCGGUAAUUCAUCUCUUCAUCAUCGGGCUGGACGCCUUGCGGGUUCAGCACCCGGAUGGAGGUAUGCUGUACUCGAGGCAGGAAGAUGUGGUGGUGUCAAGUCACCAGUGAGCAUUAAGGUUGGUAUGGAAUGUAUGGGAAAUGCGGAAUGAAGUAAGGAGGCUUGAGGAAGUGUUUGAAGAGCUUAGGCAAUGUGCAGAGGGCAAGGGAAUGCUGAAGGAAGUAGCCAGGGAGUAUAAGAAAUUGCAUGAGGCUUAUGAGACACUACAGAAGCAGGUAGGGUGGAUGGAGGAAGCGGUGCCACGGGUAAGAUGGAAACAAGGGUGGCUGAACGCAGGGGGGGAAAUAUUGAAAACAGUCUUCGGAAUCACGGACAAAAGUGAUAUAAAGGAGAUGAACAACAUGGUGGAAGCAGUGAUGCAACUUAAUAGAAGAGGGGAAUAGAGCAGCGGAAGCAUGGCACGCAACCCGGAUAGGGAAAUUGGGAGGGGGAAGUCCUGAAUAACACACAGCUGCUCCGUUCAUUAGCAGGGCAGGUAGUGGAAUACGUUAAGGCGUCAGAAGAUGUAAUAAAUUGUAACCUGGGAACCUUACAGGUGUGUCUGGAAGCCCUAGAUUUGCAGGGGGUUGCUGACAGUGUGUGGGAUGUACAGGGAAUGAUAACAAAUCUGCAAGAAGCACUGCAUCACACUUUGCGAGGCCAGAUAAGUACUGAUUUGUCACCGCCAGAUCAAUAUUUGCGCGGGUCGCGCAAGGCACAGAAGGAACUACCGUCAGGGUUAUAUUUAAUAAUGGAGCCCAGCGAGCAAAAUUGGCCGUUUUUCUACCCUGUUAAAACAGUAAAGGUAACAAUAGCCCGUGCAGGAGUGUAUAUUUUGAUUCAAUUCCCAGUUAUGGAGUAAAAUGCAAGGUUUCAAUGUCACAUGGUCCACCCGUGUCCAGUGAAGUGGGGAGUGUUGAGCAAGUUUGUAGAAGUAAAAACUGAGGAUGUAUUGCUGAUCUCGGUAGUUAACAGCCAGUACGCCAAGAUGACAAGGGAGGAAUUAUGGAGCUGCCACAGAGGGAAGGUAAUGUAUGUCCAGCCAGGGUGAUAAGCACCAAUCCAGAGACAUGCACGGUGCAGUUAUUUUUAGCCAGGAGGGAAGAAAUAGACUGUCCAAGGGACAUCAUGGAGCUAAAAUUGAGCUUGCAAUGGGUCGGGAUGGAUAGGAUCUUCUCCACCUACAAAAAAUUAAUAGUAGUAGCAAGUUGUUUUGAGCAGGGAGAAUUUGCUGAAGCGAAAUGUAUAGAGCUCGAGGGGAGCGGAAUUUUAAUCAAUGUAAGUAAGUGUAACAUAAUAGGACCAACCUUCCAUCUGCCAGCGUCAAUUUCAGGAGUCACGCAAUUGAAUGUUACACAGCCACAGCUGUACU